ACACCUGACGCGUGCAUAACUAUACAAGCACACACGCCUACACUGAUACCGUACACACUGACACGAUGAACUCGCCGCUCCAUGUUAAGUUCCUGAAGACUAUGUACCGGCUCGUCGUGAACAACUUCCUUGCCGUCGUCGCCAUGGCCGUCGCCGCUGCCAUGCUGCAGAGAACGAGCCCAGAGGACAUUCUUGUGCGGGCGAGGGCAAUCAGGCCCGUUCACGGGCUGCUAGCUCUGCUCCUUGCGGCGGCAGUAGCAAAGCUGAGGCGCAUGCGCCGGCAGAAGGACGUGUACCUCGUGGAGUACGGCUGCUUCCGGCCCAAGGCGUGCUACCGGGCGCCGUUCGCGACGUGCCUGGAGCAUGCGCACCUCAUGCCGUACCUGGUGGACGAGGAGAGCGUCAGCUUCGCCAUCCGGCUGCUCCAGCGGUCGGGGCUCGGUGAGGAGACAUGCGUGCCGGAGGCGUACCACUACAUGCCACCCGACCGCAGCCUCAAGGCCUCCCGCGACGAGACCGAGCUGGUCAUCUUCUCCGCCGUCGACGACGUGUUCGCCAGGACAAGCGUGAAACCCGAGGAGAUCGACGUGCUCAUCGUCAACUGCAGCAUCUUCACGCCCACGCCGGUGUUCGCGGACAUGGUCGUCAACAGGUACAAGCUGCGCGGCGACGUGCAGAGCGUGAACCUGUCCGGGAUGGGGUGCAGCGCCGGGCUCGUAUCUGUCGGCCUGGCCAAGAACCUCCUGCAGGUAGCGCCGCCAGGCACGCACGUCCUGAUCGUGUCCACGGAGAUCCUCUCGUCGCAGUACUAUGUCGGCACCGAGCGCGCGAUGCUGCUGCCCAACUGUCUCUUCCGCAUGGGCGCCGCCGCCAUGAUCCUGUCCAACUCCUCCCAUCGCGCCCGCUUCAAGCUCGGCCGCGUCGUACGCACAGUGACGGCCGCGCGCGACACCGACUACCGGUGCGUGUUCCAGGAGGAAGACGACAAGGGCAACACGGGGAUCCGUCUCUCCAAGGACCUCGCCACCACCGCCGGCCACGCGCUCAAAAGCAACAUCACCGCCUUCGGCCCCCUCGUCCUGCCGGCCUCCGAACAGCUCCUCGUCGCGCUGUCCCUCCUCAAGCGGAAGCUCCUGAGCGGACGUGCCAAGGUGAGGCUCUACCGGCCGGACUUCCGCACGGCGUUCGAGCACAUCUGCAUCCACGCGGGCGGGCGCGGGGUGAUCGACGAGGUGCAGCACGGCCUCGGCCUCUCCGACGAGGACGUGCAGGCGUCGCGGAUGACGCUGCACCGGUUUGGGAACACCUCGAGCAGCUCGGUGCUGUACGAGCUGGCGUAUAUCGAGGCAAAGGGCCAGAUGAGGAUGGGCGACCGGGUGUGGAUGAUCUCCUUCGGCGCCGGCUUCGACUGCAACAGUGUGGCGUGGGAAUGCAUCAAGCCGGCAGCCGACGCCGACGGGCCAUGGGCCGACUGCAUCCACCACUACCCGGUGCAACUCCCCGAAAUCGUCAUGGACAUCUAGCUAAUUCUUGAAGCAUAAAGCAGAGCAUGCAUAUAUAUGCAUGCAACUGGCGUUGUCAGGCGUAUAUUUGUUCGUACCUAGUAUACGUAUACAUAUUCAAGUCUCCAAAUAGAAAGUAUGCGUAUACAUACAGGAUAUGGUACAUAUAUCUCUAGGAUGGGAUUAUUCAAAAUACUAUCUUCGUUUUCGUUUACUUGUCGUCAGUUUUUAUAGUAGUAGUAAUUUUGAUUUUAUAUUUUUUUUUAAAAUUAUAAUAUUUAAAAAAAUUUAUUAUUAGAUUAGU